CCCCCCCGGCUGCGGGCGAGGAGCUGUCGGGGGUGUUCCAGGAGAUGUUUAAGGUCGAGUGUCACUUCAUCAAUGGCACCGAGCAGGUGAUGCUCGUGAACAGGUACAUCUACAACCGGGAGCAGUACGUGCAUUUUGACAGCAAUGUGGGGGUCCAUGUGGGGGACACCCCAUAUGGGGAGAAGUUUGCCAGGGACCUGAACAGCCAACCAGAAUUCAUGGAGCACACACGGUCUGCGGUGGACACAGUCUGCCGGCACAACUACGAGUUGUCCACCCCAUUCCUGGUGAACCGCAGAGUGCCCCCCAGCGUGUCCAUCUCGCUGGUGCCGUCGAGCUCCCAGCCCGCCCGGCUCCCCCCAGAGAUGCCACCGGACACCGUCCGCAGCAAGAUCCUGGUGGGGGUCGGGGGCUUCGUCUUGGGCUUGGUCUUCCUGGCGCUGG